UAGGCCUUUGAGGUGUAGAAGACAAUGGCUUCGAAUAAAGUUUCAUGCUGUCUUUUCGUCUCUUCCUUUGCCUUGGGAAGUGCUAAAUACUGCUCUGACAGCUCCGAUUGUUCGGUCCUUGAGUCCUGUUGUACAGAUUACGUCUGCAGAGAAAAAUGUCCCCACUGUUCGUCCGACUCCCAAUGUGGAACGAGCGAGCAGUGCUGUAAUAACGAAUGUAUCAGUAGUUGGUCUUCUUGUUUCUGUUCGUUCAACUCCGAAUGCAACAGUGGCGAGCAAUGCUGUAAUAGCGAAUGCAUCAGUAGUUCGUAUUCUUGUUUCUGUUCCUCCGACUACGAAUGUGACAGUGGCGAGCAGUGCUGUAACGGCAUUUGCAUCGAUAGCUGGUCUACAUGUUUCUGUUCGAACGACUUCGAAUGUGACAGUGGAGAGAAAUGCUGUUAUGGAAAAUGCAUCAGCAGUUCGUCUCCUUGUUCAUGUUCUUUCGACUUCCAAUGUGACACUGGAAAGGAAUGCUAUGGGGGAGUGUGUUCUUCGUACUGUGGUUUGAGGGGCGUGUCUAUUGCAGACGUUAUUAUCAAGGCAGUUAUCUUCUUUGCCAUCAUCAUCAUAGGGAUAUAUCUUUUUGUUAUCCGGCGUGAAGUGAGAAUGCAGCCAAUCAAGCCACAAAAGAAGCAAUUAGAGAAGCCCAUCACAAACCAAAGCCAAAUACAUGAGUCACCGGAACUACCAAAGAGGCUACUACAGACACCCACCACUAUUGGGUCGACGGAGCCACUACCAAAGCCGCAAAAGAUUAUCACCACAAGCCAAAGCCGAAAACAUGCGUCACCGGAGCCACCAAAAAGGCCACUACAGAAGCCCACCACAAACCAACUCCAAACACUUGGGUCGAAGGAGUCACCGAAGAGGCCAGUACAGAAGCCCACUACUAGCCAGGGCCAAACACGCGGGUCGACGGAGCCAGCAAUAAAGCCACGAAAAACUAUCACCGCAGGCCAGAGCCAAUCACAUGAGUCGAAGACGAGCGGAUGGCCGAUAACCAGGGAUGAGUUUCUCAUGUGGUUCUGGGACUCUACCAAUGGAAAUCAAUUGAUCUUAGACCUAAACAAGUUUGCUAAUAGUAAGCGCUGGGAUGAUCGCAUUCGCCAAGAGAAAUAUAGACCUUUCAUCUAUGCCAUUGUCCUUAAUGAUGGUUCUUUUCCAUUUCAAGCAAAAGACGAAAAUGUUGAAGACGGAACGGAAAAGCAAUGGAAGUUGUGCAAAGUUGGAUUUACAAAAAAGAGUGUUGAAAGGGGUAUAAACAAUAGGAUGGAGCAACUGAGUGAUAAGAUAAAGAAAACCUACCAGCCGAAGAACUACAAAGAGGCAAUGCCAUAUACACUGUUUGCAGUACCGUUCAGAGCGAUUGACACCAACCCGUAUCAUGACACAAAAAAGAGAAUACGGGAAAAGAUUGGGAAAAGGGUGAAAAAGGAGAAGCCAAGGAAUUAGAUUUGCCUAAUAUUACAGAGUGGGUACUGACGACACAGAAUCACAUUGACCAUAUCAAUAAAUUAAUUGAUGAAUGUGCUGGUGAGGCUGAUUUAGAUAUAUUCGAAAAGAUAGUAGAUGUCCCAAUGCCUCCUGAGGAAGAAAGAAAAGAAUGGUUGAAGCAGCAAGUACAAGCUCCUCCGCCGAUAAACGGCCAGCCUCCUCCAGGUUACACAUGGUCAACUUCCUCCUGGUUUUGAUCAAGCUCCUCCACCUUACCCAAGCAACCUAUCGCAACCAAACCAAUAUACUCCACCUCCAGGACAAGCUCAAGCGGAGCCGAUUCCGGCUGCAUUCAAUGCUGUACAACUGAAGAAGUUCUAACUAAAGUAAACUGUGACGUAACUCAUCCAAACAUAAUACUGUUCCGGUGAAAUGAGUAACCUUCGGUUUUACUUCUUUUUACAAAGACACUGACGCAGUCUAUUAUUAAACAAUGUUGACUGAUCUUCACGCUGUACUUUUACAAAUUCGAUAUUCCAUGUCUCUUCCGUCGUUCAAAAGAUAAAAAAAAGUAGACAGAUUUCUUACAAAAACAUUUUUGUCAGAAAAAGAUGAGUUCGGCCAUUGGCAACAAUAAUGAUAUUCAAGAAUGAAUAUUUUAUACUUAGAAACGUAGUUUCACUUU